AAAUUUAUCGAGCAUUAAAACAAGGUGGUAAAAAUCAACAUAUGGCCACACCUGCAGUUAAAGCAGUUAUUGAUAAAGUUACAGGAACAAUGUCAUUUCCUAUGACAUUAGUUUCAUUAGCAGGACCUAUGAUUUCUACUAUUGCUAAACGUCAAAAUAAUGGAACAUAA